UAGCAUUCAUGGAGAUCAGUAAAGAUACUACAAAUCAAGCAGAACUUUGGAAAAUGAAGCCUGAGAGAAGUCCGGAAGAUGACAGUUACUCGACUGAGGACACGGGAGAUACCAGAAUGCUGAAAAGGCCCGUGCUCUUGCAUUUGCAACACACCAUCCAUGUUGAUGCAUUUGAAUGCCCCUCUGAGCUUCAGCACACCCAGGAAUUCUUCCCCUCUUGGCGCUUGCCGAUUAGAACCGCCGCCAUUAUAUCCUCUCUGACCUUCCUGUACACUGUCCUGAGGGAAAUCGUUUACCCUUUGGUAACUUCCCGUGAACAGUAUUUUUAUAGAAUUCCGAUCCUGGUCAUUAACAAAGUCUUGCCAGUGGUCUCCAUCACCCUCUUGGCGUUGGUUUAUUUGCCAGGAGUGAUAGCAGCAGUCGUACAACUUCUCAAUGGAACCAAGUACAAGAAAUUCCCGCCAUGGCUGGACAGAUGGAUGCUGGCAAGGAAGCAGUUCGGGCUUCUCAGCUUCUUUUUUGCGGUGCUGCACGCGGUGUAUAGUCUGUCUUACCCAAUGAGGCGGUCCUACAGAUACAAGCUGCUCAACUGGGCAUACAAACAGGUUCAACAGAACAAAGAGGAUGCCUGGAUAGAACAUGAUGUUUGGAGAAUGGAGAUUUAUGUGUCCCUGGGGAUCGUGGGACUCGCCAUCCUGGCUCUCUUGGCUGUGACAUCUAUCCCAUCUGUGAGUGACUCUUUAACAUGGAGAGAAUUCCACUAUAUUCAGAGCAAACUGGGAAUUGUCUCUCUUCUUCUGGGCACAGUACAUGCUUUGAUUUUUGCCUGGAAUAAAUGGGUAGAUAUCAGUCAGUUUGUCUGGUACAUGCCUCCAACUUUUAUGAUAGCUGUUUUCCUUCCAACUGUUGUCCUGAUAUGCAAAGUUGUGCUCUCCUUGCCCUGCUUGAGGAAGAAGAUACUGAAGAUUAGAUGUGGUUGGGAAGAUUCCAGCAAAGUAAGCAGAACGGAGAUGGCCUCCAGGCUGUAGAAUUACUCAAUAUUGAUGGUUUAUUAUAAACAUCUCAAGUUUGUGUUUGUUAAUAAAAUGAAUACUUCAGGGUCA